CCUCAGUCAAAGAGUUGCAGUUACACCGGCACUGACCGGCGGCCCUCAAGUUGGUAACGUACGAUGGCCGCCACAGAUAAGAGCGUGGAAUAUGUGGACUAUGGCAGCAAUACAAAUGGUAUCUGCGUACAGCGCGCGCGGUGCAGUAGGGAAUAUGUGACGCAAGUGAUCAAAUGCAGUGAUCUGCGCAUAACUUGUGAAAAUCGCAAAUUAUUUGAGGGAGAGUUUCCGGCCUGCUGUGUGAAGUGUUGACAUAAGAAGAGAGCAGAUGUUUAAGCGUACUAUGUGAAGAAGAAAUGAUAGAAAAGAAAGCAAUAAAAAAUGUGAAAGAAAAUUAUUUAUUAAAA